AUGGUGGUCAUUGCAUGGGCUACUUGUUUCUUGUUCUAUGCAACCUAUUUGGACACCGCACCUCAGUUUGUUGCAGCAUCUCAAUCCUUAGCACUACAACUAGAAGCAAAUGCUCUGCUGGCAACUGGGUGCUGGGGAAGCGCCAACACCAACAAUACCUCAAGUCAUUGCGAGUGGCCUGGUCAUUUAACUAAUUUGAAAGUUUUGUCUCUCCAUUCAAAUCAAAUCGAUGGUCAAAUCCCUUCAACUAUAGGUCAUUUAACUAAAUUGGAAGCUUUGUCCCUUCUUCAAAAUCUAAUUAAGGGUUCCAUCCCCGUAGAAAUAGGUAACUUGAAGAGUUUGUACAAUCUGCUUCUCAAUCAUAACAAUCUCAUUGGUCAUAUCUCCACUCAAAUCGGCAACCUUCGUUCAUUGAACUAUCUUAACCUUAGUCAUAACUUUAUCAGUGGAGAAGCACCUGUUGAACUUGGGUCGACUGUUGACAAUUUAUGGAGCUUGGAUAUCUGCUACAAUAAUCUUACUGGCAAUAUUCCCAAUAGUUACGUUUUUAUUCAAACAGUCAACUUGUCAUAUAAUUCUUUGACAGGUCCAAUUCCAACAGAUUUUGAUCAAUACCAUACACCUGACACAUUAAUUGGCAACAAGUAUUUGUGCAGUAACUUCAUGGGUUUCCUUCCUUGCCUUCCAACUUGUAAGAAAUCAAUUGUAACCAAAGCAAAAAUUUGUGUUCCCAUCGCCAUUUCCCUUGGAUUCUUAGGUCUUGGAGGCUUUCUCCUAUGUCGACGCAUGGUCAAGAAAACUCAAUUUGAGUCAAGGUCAGAAACAAAGAAUGGGAACUUGUUCUCGAUAUGGAAUUAUGAUGGACAUAUUGCAUAUGAAGACAUCGUUGAAGCAACCGAGGACUUUGAUAUAAAAUACUGUAUUGGAACUGGUGGUUAUGGCAGCGUUUACAAAGCAAAAUUACUUGGUGGAAAAGUGAUUACCUUGAAGAAACUUCAUCGGUUGGAGGCUGAGAACCUAACUUUUGACAUGAGUUUUAGAAACGAGGUAAAAGUGUUAACAGAGAUCCAUCAUCGAAACAUUAUAAAACUUCAUUGGUUCUGUUUACAUAAGCGAUGCAUGUUUUUGGUUUACGAGUACAUAGAAAGGGGAAGCUUAUUUUCUAUCCUAAAUAACGACGUUGAAGCUAUGGAAUUGGAUUGGAGUAAGAGAGUAAACAUCAUCAGAGGCACUGCCAACGCUUUAUCUUACAUGCAUCAUGAAUGCAUUCCAGCAAUUGUUCAUCAAGAUAUAACAAGCAGCAAUAUUUUAUCGAACAAUAAACUAGAGGCUUUUGUCUCCGACUUUGGCACAGCUAAGCUCCUUGAUCCUGAUUCCUCCAAUCAAACAUCAGUUGUCGGCACUUACAGUUACAUUGUCCCAGAGUUGGCCUAUACCAUUAAAGUUACUGAAAAAUGUGAUGUUUAUAGCUUUGGAGUUGUGGCACUAGAAAUAAUAAUGGGAAGACAUCCAACGGAAAUCCUGACUUCAUUAUCAUCAUCGUCUUCUCAAAACAUGAUGUUACAUGAAAUAUUAGAUCAACAUUUGUCACCUCCCAAUCAUUUGGUUGCACAAGAUAUUUUUCUUGUCGCUACAAUAGAAUUUGCAUGCCUACACAAAAAAUCAAGGUUUCGGCCUACAAUGAAAUGCGUGUCUCAAGAAAUUCUUUAUCAGAAUAAGUCAAUAGCCAAGCCUUUACAAGCACUUUCAUUAUGGCAGCUAAGGAACCAAGAAAUGUAUAUGUUUUGAUCAGGGAGAGAUACUUAAUUAUGAAGCAUUUGUU